AUGGCUUGUAACUGGUCCGCCGAGAACGCCACCAACGCCUUCCUGAAAACCCUGAAAAUGGUCAAAGAGCAGGGUCAACGAUCCAGCAAGGAGCCCGAAUCGGCCGAGUUCAUCUCGGCACUCGCCGCCGGGAACAACUCCCAGCUCAUCGUCGUCGCCUCCGCCACACCCACCGCGACGACGUCGUUCAUGCUCUCCGCCCUGGUGACGGCGGCCCACCAGACCGGCGGCCGGGUGGUCUGCAUCCACCGGACCCAACACGAGACCGAGCUGUCGAGGCGGGCCCUGGGUUCACGGUCACGAAAAGUGGGCUUCGUGACGGGGGAGGCCCAUGAGCUGCUGUCGUCGUCGGCCCAGUACAGCGGCGCGGACUUUGUCCUCAUCGACUGCCACCUGGACAAUCACGAGGGGAUCCUUGGAGCGGUCCAGCAGCAGGCCGGGAGCAAUCAGAACGGCGCCGUUGUGGUCGGGUACAAUGCGUUUGGGAGCGGGUCGUGGGGAUCCGACGGGCGGUGGAGGACCCAGUUGCUGCCCAUCGGAGAAGGGCUGCUGGUGACCCGGAUGGCGCCGCCGGCGAGGAAUAAGAGCCGGUGGGUGGUGAAGGUGGAUAAAUGUACCGGGGAAGAGCACGUGUUUAGGAUCCGAUCCCCACAGGGGAAGAUUGAAGCGUAA